UCUUGUUGCGGGCCAGUCCUACAAAUAAGUUAGCAGCACCCAACGAAUUUUUCAAUUUGAAAACAUUUUCCCAGCUUCCAAAUACCAAUUAGAAAAGAGAAAGAAAGGGAAGAAAGGAAAAUGAGCAACCUACUCUGUUCUAAUCCGUUAAUUCAGUUCAAAAUGAAGAUAAUCCCUGCUCAGUUCCCCGCCAAAAAAUCCACCAUGAAACCCGCAUCAAUCUCCUCUCGUCUUCAAAACUCUCAAACUCCCUCGAAUCAACAACUUAACCUAUCCGUUCUUCGCUUCACUCUCGGGAUACCUGGGUUGGACGAGUCCUAUUUACCCAGAUGGAUCGGGUACGGGUUCGCUUCGCUUCUCAUUCUGAACCACUUCGUGGGUUCGGAUUCUGCUACAACCACUCCGGCACAGCUUAGAACAGAAGCUAUCGGCCUUUCUUUGGCUGCAUUCUCCGUUUUAAUCCCCUAUCUUGGAAAGUUUCUUAAGGGUGCUAGUGCAACAGAUCAAGCAACUAUCCCUGAAGGUACUGAGCAAAUUUUUGUCAUGUCACAAAACAUCUUGGAUACUAAGAAGGAAGACUUGGCUUGGGCAACUUACGUCUUGCUUCGCAAUACCAACACCAUUGCUGUGUUAAUAUCCGUUCAAGGUGCAUUAUGUGCACGUGGCUACUGGAAUAUACCAGAAGAGGCAUCAAGAAAAAAUUUACUUGAAUGGUUUGAGAGACAAAUUGAAAGGAUUGGCCUAAAAAAUCUGAAGGACACCCUUUAUUUUCCUCAGAAUUCAGAUUCUGUGCUUUGGGAGCUGUUACCCAAGGGGACUCGUUCUCUCCUGGUACAACCAGUGCUACAAGUACCAAAACCUGGUGCCAAUCAAAUGGAAGGUAUUGAAGGUUUUGUCCUGUUGGCGUCAAGCAUGGGCUAUGCAUAUAGCGAUAGAGAUAAAGCCUGGAUAGGAGCUCUUGCAAACAAAUUUGGAGGAUGAUAUGCUAUUUAUCUUCAAUUGAUGAAACACAUCAAAGUUCCAGAUUGUGGAGAUGGAAAACGACUACAAAAAUUUCUCCAAGCCAUACACCAGAUUCUGCAAGAAAAAUUUACAAUGGAAAGGGCAUUUUCACUUUGGAGAUGGACUAAAGCAAAAUGCUUGAAGACAUUAAAAAAUUAAAUGGCAUUGGAUUGGUUACCUUAAGGCGCACAACCUUUCUGAUGGCCAAGAUUAGGCCUGGCAUGAGACAUUGCACAUUGGUGAUAUCAUGUUUGAGAGAGUAUACCUGUGGUAAGCAGUAUUUAUGGAACAGAUAGUGAUGUUCGUAAACUGUUCAAGGUCAUGCUUCUGAAAACAAGAAAAGGAAAACCACUAACACACCUCUCCUGGGCCUGAGAAGUGGACUGUUGUACUCGAAGGAAGUCCUGGAAGGACUAAGCUAUGUACUCGAACCCCAUCUUCUCCUAGAACUUGACCCCUUGCCUUAUAGGAUGAAAAGAAAAGUAAUGAACUGCUUUUGUAUCAUGUGGACCUCUGUAAAUGUUUCCUAGUUAUUUGAUUCUAUGAGAUCUAGAUUUUCCACUUUUCAUCUUGUUACUAUUGUUGUCGUUAUUGUUAUUAUUAUUAUUAUCAUUUUGCCAUCACU